UUUACACUGUUAAAAUUAAUGUGAGUGACAAUGGUUCACCUGUUAUGUUUACUACAACUAGUUUUAACAUUACUGUGUUGAACAUUAAUGAUCCUCCUUACGAUAUAAAACUUUCAAGUAACGAAGUGCUUGAAAAUGUCAAUAUUGGUUUUGUUGUUGGUAAUCUAACAGCUAGAGACGAUGAUCUUGAUCAAAAACACACUUCAAAUUUUGACUGGGAAUUGGUUGACUCUGGUAAUGGUUACUUCAAGUUGUUAGAUAACAUGAUAGUUGUUGCAGAAAGCCUCGAUUACGAAGAAAAGAAAAAACAUCGUAUAAAGGUAAUAUGUACGGACCGAGGUCAUCCACCAAAAUCUUCGUCUAUCCAGAGUUUGUUUGUUUUUGUACGAGACAUUAACGAAUCACCCAAGGAUAUAAUUUUGACGGGUAAUCGCAUCCCGGAGAAUUGCAUUCUGGGGUCGGUCAUCGGCUACUUCGUUGCGACUGAUGACGAUAAUGACACGUUAAAGUUUUAUUUGAAUCACAGCAGUGUUUUGGUUCGUGAAAAGUUUGCUCUACAAGGUGUUCCAAACGUUGAAAAUCGUACAAUGAACGAUAAAUCAACUAAUUUUUACUCGAUUCCCCUCGUUGUUAACGGUUCUCUUGAUUAUGAAGAAAGAAACAUGUACAUUAUUUGGUUGGCUGUCGCAGAUCCUGUGAGAAUGGCGCUCAAACAAUUUAGGAUCGAAGUAACCGAUGUAAACGAAGCUCCAACUGAUAUUUUGAUGUCUAAAAAUUUUGUAGCAGAGAAUUCUCCAGCUUCAACAGUGAUUGGAAAGUUUUUGGUAAAAGAUCCAGAUGUAAAAAGUGUGCCACCUCAAAUCCAUAUUUGCUCCCUCGAGAACUCAUUAAAUGGUGACGGAGAUGAAGAUGAGUUUUACAUUACUCACGAAACUGAUAGCAAUUUUCUCCGAGUUAAAUAUAAUAGCCUUCUCGAUUUUGAAGAAAGAAAUGUUUACAAUAUCAAUGUCACUUGUAAAGAUGCUGCUGGCCUCGAUAUUUCAAAGUCAUUUAAAGUUUUCAUCACUGAUGUAAACGAAGAACCCACGUCAAUAUGUCUCGUAGCCCCUCGCUCUGGUGAAGAUUGUUCAGUUGUUGGUGAAAUCUUUAUCGAGGAUUUGGAUUAUCCUCAAAUACAAUGUGGCUUAAAUUGGACGGUUGAUCUUCAGCCAUAUUCCGAGAAAUUAUCGGAAUACACUUGUCAGAUCAAGAAGGAGGAAGACACUUUAAGUGAAAUUGCUAAAGUGAUUAGUCAUUUUUAUGUUCGUGACAGUCCACCGAAAUUGCACGUGAAGAAAAGUAUAUUUAUUCGUGGAAACCUAUCCUACAAUGUUCCUAUUUCAUGUGAAAGUACCUUACAUCCACGUCAUACCCUGUCAAAAAACCUGGUCGUUCAUAUUCAAGUUCCCAAUGAUGACAACUGUCGUGAUAAGGGACUUUGUGCUUCCUGUCCUCAGCCAAAAUUCUGUCUAUCGAAUGUCAAAGCUGCUGGAAAAUGUAUUGAUACAGAAUAUCUUUUGAACUUAACUGUGGAUGCCCCUCCAUCGUUGUUUAAAAAGCGUGGCUUUAUAAAAGUGUUUGAACACUAUGUUAAAGAUUUGAUUGAGGGAACUGAAAAAGAGAAGAGUCUAAAAGAUUUAAUUAAGGAGAAGGAAGUGGCAGCGAUUUGUGGCACUCCAAAAGAUGAUUGUCACAGGUAUGCCACGUGUGCAGACACGGGACCUGGUGAAUAUUCAUGUACUUGUAACGAUGGCUAUACCGGAGAUGGAAAGAUUUGUUUGGCCAUUAAUAAUUGCGAAACUGAUUUCAAUAACUGUGGUGAAAAUGCGUCAUGUAUUAACAUGGGUCCCGGCGUUCACAUGUGCUCUUGUGAUGCAGGUUAUACUGGCAGUGGACGAAGUUGCCAAGCUCUUUCAACUGCCAAAGCAAAAUGUGCGAAAACAGAUCUGAUACUUGUACUUCAUCGUUCUGGAAGCAUUCGCCUCCAGGAUUAUGAACUCAUGAGGGAUUUUGUCGUUGAGAUUGGCCAAAAAUUAAAGAUCGGGGAAAGAGAUGAUGAAGGCAAGGUGAUUGGUCAAGGUGCUAUUGUCACAUUUAGCGAAGACGGUACAUUGCGAAUAACUCUUAAAGAAAGUCAAGAACCUGGAAAAUUUGUUGAAGUUGCUAAAGAAAUGCCCGGACCAUAUCCUGGUGGCCGUACCAAGACACACAAAGCUCUGAAGUUGGCUGAUACGAAAGUGGUUACUGAAGCAGCUGGUUUACGUGUAAAUGAUCCAAGUGUCCUGAAGGUAUUCAUGGUCAUAACUGUUGGAAAACAGACUAUAGAAUCAAGGCGAAGAGGUUUCUUGCCUGUAAAGGAAGCAAUGAUACCAUUCCAUAACCGUAAAUAUUUGAAUGUGUUCGCGGUUGGCGUUGGUCUGCGUGACGAUAAGGCGAAACAAGAAGUUAGAGACAUGGUUAGAUCACCAGCUAAUGCUCUCCUUACCGAAAGUUUUGAGCAGUUAGCUGAAAGUGUCGACGACUUUUUAAUCCGCUUCUGUCCAGUUCCUUCAACAUGUGGCUCAAAGAGAGAUGAUUGUCAUCCUGAACACGCAGUCUGUAAAGACACCACUCCCCCUAAUUAUGAGUGUACUUGUAAAGAUGGAUACGUUGGUAACGGAAAGAAGUGCGUUGCUCAAUUCAAAUGUGCUACCUUGGCUGACGAUUGUCAUCCAUAUCUGGCGUCUUGUAUGGACAAUGGAAAUGGGACUUACAGUUGUAAAUGCAAGCCAAAUUAUUCUGGUGAUGGAAAGACUUGUCGAGCGUUAGUAAUAUGUGGAACUGACAGAGAUGAUUGCCAUGAGCAUGCAACGUGUAGUGACACUGGCCCAGACAGCUACAAGUGCCUCUGUAAAGAAGGUUACCAAGGAGAUGGAAAGGAAUGCACACAUAACGAUAUUGCUUCGAGAAAACAACGCGGUGUAUCAAACAGAACUGUGUAUGUGGAGUUGCUCCUUUAUAUGGAAGAAGGAGCGUUCACUAAAGUCGUGCUUGCUAUCGCAGAGAAACCUAACUACAAAUUGAUCCCAGCGUUUGAAGCCAGUGUUCUUUUAAACAAAACCCAAGUUGAAUGGCUUCUUGGUUUCAGUACUUGGUCGAGUACUUCAUCUAAGACCAGUAUUUCUCUUCAAUGGAUCAUUGUCGUUUGUUUUGUUCUUUUCAUUUGUAUAAUUUGCUUGAUCUGGAAGUGGAGAAGACAACAGCUACGUCAUGGAGAAAACCCUCAUGAGGGAGAAAACCUUCCUAAGGAAGUAAACCCUCCUGAGGGAGAAAACCUUCCUGAGGGAGAAAACCUUCCUGAGGGUGUAAACCUUCCUGAGGGAGAAAACCCUCAUAAGGGAAAAAACCCUCCUGAGAGAGAAAAUCCUCAUAAGGGAGAAAACCUUCCUGAGGGAGAAAACCCUCAUAAGGGAGAAAACCUUCCUGAGAAAGAAAGCCUUCCUGAGGGAGUAAACCCUCCUGAGGGGGAAAACCCUCCUGAGGGAGAAAACCCUCCUGAGAGAGAAAACCCUACUGGAAAAGACCCUAGACAAGUAGACGAAGAACGCUAUUGGAGACCAAUAAAACAAGAACAAGGAAGCUUGGAUGAAAAUCCAGUCCGACAUCGGGGAAAAAAUGAGCACGUUAACAACUACUAAAUUCUUUCUCACACAAUUUUUAUAAUCUUGCCUAAGGCACACUCACAUGUAAGUCAUUAAAUUAAAUAAUAUUUUGUUAGUACGACUACAA